AUGUUAAGAGUGGCGGGUACAGUAGGUGCCAUCGUGACUUGUCCAUUAGAAGUAGUCAAAACUCGCCAACAGUCUUCAAGGGGCAGCGGUUUCAAAUCGACCCCAGGAAGCGAUGCACCUCCACAGUCAAGGAACGUUAAACCCUCAUCGACUCCUGGUAAGCGUAGGUUAUGGACAUCUACAAGCUAUGGCCGGCCUCAAGUUGUGGCUCUUUCAGGUUUCACGGCGCCUCCGCCACCUCCACUGAGGCUGGGCAACGACAUGGGCAUCGCCCAGUGUAUCAGGCACAUUAUCAGAUAUGAAGGUCCAGUGGCCCUAUUUAAAGGUAAGUUGGGCCCUAACUUGAUAGGAGUUGCCCCUUCUCGUGCCGUGUAUUUCUCCACCUAUUCCCAAGCCAAAAGGUUCUGGAAUAGCAUAUUACCACCAGAUUCUCCUAUAGUGCAUGUUUGUUCGGCGUCGUGCGCAGGCUUCAUGGCCAGCACGCUCACCAACCCCAUCUGGUUCGUGAAGACUCGACUGCAAUUGGACGUGAACAAGGAGAAUCCCAUGACCGCUCUGCAGUGUGUCAAGCAAAUUUAUGCCAAAUCGGGCUUGUUGGGUUUCUACAAAGGAAUCACCGCCUCCUACAUGGGCAUCUCCGAAACCAUCAUCCACUUCGUGAUAUACGAGGCGAUCAAAGCGGAGCUGAUCGCCUCGCACGAGCACUUCAACGACGAGCGCACCUCCAAGGACUUCGUCGAGUUCAUGAUCGCCGGGGCCAUCUCCAAAACGGUCGCCUCCUGCAUCGCCUACCCCCACGAGGUGUGCAGGACCAGGCUGAGGGAGGAGGGCAACAAAUACAACAGCUUCUUUCAAACGCUGAGCCUGGUGUUCAAGGAGGAAGGCCUGAGGGGCCUGUACAGGGGACUCAAAACUCAGCUGGUGAGGCAGAUCCCCAAUACGGCCAUCAUGAUGUCUACUUACGAGGCUGUGGUGUACAUACUGACGUCUAGGUUUAAUACGGAGUUUUACCAAAAAGAGGAGAACUGAGCCGACCCUGGGCCGUUCAAAACGGCUUUCGGGGAAGUCUAGUCAGAUAUAAGAAGCUUGAAUUUUUAAUUUUUGGUACGUGAGAUGGGGUCCCUGGUGUGUAGAUAAAUUUGGAAUUAAAUUGUCGGUGGAUUUAUGAAAAUAUAUCUUAUGGAUGAUUUUCACUAGAUUCUUAGAGUUUUUGUUAUUUUGUUGAUUUUUUGAAUGAUUCUGAUAGGCCGGAAAGCCCAUUGAAUAAUAAUAUUAAAGGUGAGUUUAUAUGCGUCUGUCGUUCUGUUCACACCAAUCGUGGUGAAGUAUGGUCUGUGAUUUUUGUCUGUCAACUACGGACGACGCAUGACGGAUGCAUAUAAACCUAUACCAAGGAUGGAGUAUAUCAACAAAAUAAGUGAGAUCGCAAAGGUGGUUUUAAUAUGGUUUACCGUAAUUUUGUUUUAUUUGUGUCUUUUUUUUAACUAGUUAAAAUAUAAAGUAAGGUAGACUCAAUAAUUUGCUAGUUUUGUUUUAUGUUGAAUCAACAAUAGUUAUUAAAGCUGUUAAAAAUCAUAUUUCUAAGAAAAAUAAUUAUGUUAAUCCAUUAUUUAAUGCCGAAAAAUACAGAUACUCUAUUGAAAAAAUUAAGUAACAUUCAUAAAAUUUAAGUAGGUAUCCUAUUAAUUUUUGUCAAGUAGUAAAUACAUUUUUUUGCUGAUUA